GCGGCCGCUGCCGUGGGGCGGAGGGGCUUGGGAGUGCUCAGCCUUAGGCGAGUGCCGGAGUGGGGUUCCCGGAGCCAUGGCCUGCUCCAUUGUCCAGUUCUGCUCCUUCCAGGACCUCCAGGCCUCCCGGGACUUCCUCUUCCCUCACCUCCGGGAGGAGACCCCCAGUGGCGCCGUGCGGAGGGACCCCAGUAAAUCAACAAACUGGGAAGAUGAUGGCUGGGGAGCCUGGGAAGAAACAGAAGCUCAAGAACCUGAAGAAGGGAAUGCUUGCAAAGCACAGAAAACUUUCUGGCUUCAGGACUGUGUGUUAUCCUUAUCUCCAACCAGUGAUCUUAUGGUUAUAGCUCGGGAGCAGAAGGCUGUGUUUCUAGUGUCAAAAUGGAAGUACAGUGAUAAAGGAAAGGAAGAAAUGCAGUUUGCAGUUGGUUGGAGUGGUUCUUUAAAUGUUGAAGAAGGGGAAUGUGUAACUAGUGCUCUGUGUAUCCCACUAGCAAGCCAAAAGAGGAGUUCCACUGGACGUCCUGAUUGGACCUGCAUAGUGGUGGGUUUUACUUCAGGUUACGUACGUUUCUAUACCGAGAACGGUGUGCUCUUGCUUGCACAGCUUUUGAACGAGGACCCAGUGCUUCAGCUUAAAUGCAGGACCUAUGAAAUCCCCCGGCAUCCUGGCGUGACUGAACAGAAUGAAGAGUUAAGUAUCUUAUAUCCAGGUGCCAUUGUGACUAUUGAUGGAUUUAGCCUUUUUCAAUCACUUCGUGCUUGCAGAAAUCAGGUAGCAAAAGCUACAGCAUCAGGCAAUGAACACAUACAGCCACCACCCUUGGCUUAUAAGAAGUGGGGUUUACAAGAUAUUGACACUAUUAUUGAUCAUGCAAGCAUUGGAAUUAUGACUCUGUCCCCCUUUGAUCAAAUGAAGACUGCCUCCAAUAUUGGUGGAUUUAAUGCAGCAAUUAAAAAUAGUCCACCUGCCAUGUCUCAGUACAUCACUGUAGGAGCCAAUCCAUUUACUGGCUUCUUCUAUGCUCUAGAGGGAAGCACACAACCAUUAUUAUCUCAUGUUGCACUAGCAGUUGCAAGUAAACUCACUUCUGCUUUAUUUAAUGCUGCCAGUGGUUGGCUUGGCUGGAAAAGCAAGCAUGAAGAAGAAGCUGUCCAGAAGCAAAAGCCAAAGGUUGAACCAGCUACCCCAUUAGCUGUAAGAUUUGGACUUCCAGAUUCUAGACGCCAUGGUGAAAGCAUAUGUCUGUCUCCAUGUAACACACUAGCAGCGGUCACUGAUGACUUUGGCAGAGUCAUUUUAUUGGAUGUAGCUAGAGGCAUUGCAAUACGCAUGUGGAAAGGCUACCGUGAUGCACAGAUUGGGUGGAUUCAAAUUGUAGAAGACCUGCACGAAAGAGUGCCAGAGAAGGUGGACUUUUCUCCCUUCGGGAAUACUCAGGGUCCAAGUCGAGUAGCCCAAUUCCUUGUGAUUUACGCCCCAAGAAGGGGCAUUCUAGAGGUGUGGAGCACACAACAGGGACCUAGAGUAGGAGCUUUCAACGUGGGAAAGCACUGCAGGCUGCUGUAUCCUGGCUAUAAAAUAAUGGGCUUGAAUAAUGUUAUCAGUCAGAGUUGGCAGCCACAGACUUAUCAGAUCUGUCUUGUGGACCCCGUGUCUGGAAGUGUGAAAACGGUGAAUGUUCCUUUCCAUUUGGCACUGAGUGAUAAGAAGAGUGAGCGAGCCAAGGAUAUGCAUUUAGUGAAGAAACUAUCAACUUUAUUGAAAAUGAAAUCUCCCAAUCUUGAUUCAGUUGAAACAGAAAUAAGGGAAUUGAUUCUUGAUAUUAAAUACCCUGCAACCAAAAGACAAGCUUUGGAAAGCAUUUUGGCAAGUGAACGAUUACCAUUUUCUUGCCUUAGAAACAUCACCCAGACAUUAAUGGACACUUUGAAAAACCAAGAGCUUGAAUCUGUUGAUGAAGGAUUGCUACAGUUUUGUGCCAAUAAACUGAAAUUACUGCAUCUCUAUGAAUCUGUCAAUCAAUUAAAUUCCCUUGAUUCUCAUUCUGACACACCAUUCUCUGAUAAUGACUUGGCUGUGUUGCUAAGGUUGGAUGAAAAGGAGUUGCUUAAGCUGCAGACAUUGCUAGAGAAAUACAAGCAAGAGAAUACCAGGACUACUCUGCGGUUUUCUGAUGAUGAGGAUGGAGUGUUGCCUGUAAAAACAUUCCUGGAAUAUUUAGAAUAUGAGAAAGACACGCUCAAUGUAAAGAAGAUAAGUGAGGAGGAAUAUGUGGCUUUAGGAAGUUUCUUUUUUUGGAAGUGUUUACAUGGAGAAAGCUCAACUGAGGAAAUGUGUCACACUUUGGAGUCUGCGGGACUUAGCCCUCAGCUGUUACUGUCUCUGCUCCUGAGUGUUUGGCUUUCUAAGGAAAAAGAUAUUUUAGAUAAACCACAGUCUGUCUGCUGUCUUCACACAAUGCUGUCCCUCCUGAGCAAAAUGAAAGUGGCCAUUGAUGAGACAUGGGAUUCCCAGUCUGUGUCCCCUUGGUGGCAGCAGAUGCGCAUGGCCUGUAUUCAGUCUGAGAACAACGGAGCUGCUCUGUUAUCUGCACACGUUGGGCAUUCUGUUGCUGCACAGAUAUCAAACAGUAUGGCAGAAAAAAGAUUUUCCCAAACAGCCUUGGGUUCUGAUUCGGAGGCCCUCACUGAUUCCUGGGAGGCCCUUUCCCUUGACACCGAGUACUGGAAGCUCCUGCUGAAACAGCUGGAGGACUGUCUCAUCCUCCAGACGUUGCUUCACAGCAGAGGGAGCCCUGUGGCCUCCAAAACAUCAGCACUGCAGGCCGAGCCACUUCCAAGGCUUUCUGUGAAGAAAUUACUAGAAGGAGGAAAAGGGGGCAUUGCAGACAGUGUGGCCAAGUGGAUAUUUAAACAGGACUUCAGCCCUGAAGUAUUAAAACUGGCUUCUAAAGAAAAAGAUGUGGAAAAUCCAGAUGAACCCAAAGAAGGCUUUAACAGAGGUUUCCUUGAGGUGUCAGAGGUGGAGAUGGACUUAGGAGCCAUACCAGACCUGCUGCGUUUAGCCUAUGAGCAGUUUCCUUGCAGCCUUGAGCUGGAUGUGCUACAUGCCCAUUGCUGCUGGGAGUAUGUUGUUCAGUGGAACAAAGAUCCAGAGGAAGCACGUUUUCUUGUUAGGUCAAUAGAACACUUGAAGCACAUUGUUAACGCACCUGUUCAGAAUGGCAUCGCACUGAUGAUGUGGAACACGUUCUUAGUUAAAAGGUUUUCUGCUGCUGCAUACUUGAUGGAUAAGGUUGGAAAAUCCCCAAAGGAUAGGUUAUGCCGAAGGGAUGUGGGGAUGAGUGACACAGCAGUGACAUCUUUCCUUGGCUCCUGCUUGGAUCUUCUUCAGACUUUACUGGAGGCAGAUGUUAACAGGGAUGAAAUGCAAGUGCCUGUGCUGGAAACCGAAGAUGCCUGGCUUUCUGUGGAAGGGCCCAUUUCGAUAGUGGAACUGGCCCUCGAACAGAAGCACAUCCACUACCCCCUGGUGGAGCACCACUCCAUCCUCUGCUCCAUCCUGUAUGCAGUCAUGAGAUUUACUCUGAAGACGGUCAAGCCCCUUUCACUCUUUGACAGUAAGGGAAAAAAUGCAUUUUUUAAAGACCUAACUUCAAUUCAGCUACUGCCUAGCGGGGAAAUGGACCCAAAUUUUAUUUCUAUACGACAACAGUUCUUACUUAAAGUUGUUAGUGCAGCUGUGCAUUCGCAGCAUUCAGCGGCAAAGGACAAAGCUCUCUCAGAAGAGGCAGUUAGCACUGCUUUUGGGAAGGACCUGGACUGGCCAGUCCUGGCUGUGGAUUUAGCCCAUCACCUUCAAGUUAGCGAAGAUGUUGUUAGAAGACAUUAUGUGGUGGAACUGUACAACUACGGAAUUGACCACCUGGGAGAAGAGGCCAUACUGCAGGUCCAGGACAAAGAGGUCCUGGCCUCUCAGCUGUUGGUGUUGACUGGGCAGAGGCUGGCGCAUGCACUCCUCCAUGCCCACACAAAAGAGGGAAUGGAGCUGCUGGCCAGACUGCCACCCACACUGUGUACCUGGCUUAAAACAAUGGACUCCCAGGAUCUUCAAAACACUGAAGUGCCAAUUGCAACAACUGCUAAACUAGUAAAUAAAGUAAUAGAGCUCUUACCAGAAAAGCAUGGGCAGUAUAGUCUGGCCUUACACCUUAUUGAAGCUGUGGAAGCCAUAUCUAUUCCUCCUUUAUGACACUUAACCUACUGAAAAUAGUCUAAACUUGUGUGACUCUAACAUGAAUUAGUGCAUGGUUAUUUUACACGGUGAGAUCUGGAAUUUUAUGGUAUGUCUUAUUUUGUUCUUUUGUAAAAUAACUGAAAAUAUGUAUUAAUUUUCAAAGUGCCAUCCUAGCUAAAUCCCUCCUCCCCUUUGUUAAUACUGAAGAUAAAAUAUAAACUCUGCUGUAAUUACUAAUGCAGAUAUUUUACUUUUAUUUCUAAUUCAAACACGUAGCUUUAUUGUUAAAUUUUGGUAUUUAAGAUUGGUUAUAAUUUACAGAUCAUAUUCCUAUGAAAUCUAUUAUUUCGUAGCCCAAGUGUUAUUGUUGUAAUUAAAUUUAACUGUGUUUAUGUACAGUCUGCAUCUGCAAAGGUUAGAGCCCUCUCCCGUUCUCCUGUAAUAAACACUGGGAACAUGCUUCCGUUACCAUGCUUAAUCCUGUCCUGGGCUGUCACGUGGGAGCUGAGGAUGCUGACAGGUUCCUUUCCCCAAGUCUGCUGUUGCUUGAGGAAGAAGAAAGGUUUCAAGAUCAUCCUGUUCAUCGGAAGGGACACUAAAGAGAACCCCUUAAUCUAUUGUACUUGCCAAAACUGAAGAUCUAGGAAGCAAACAAAGCAGCAAAAUUAAUGAUAGCUUAAGUAAAAUUAAUUUUGCCAAGUUGCAAAAUUUUAGAUCAGGUACUUGUAAAAAAAAAAAAAAUGUAUUAUCUUGUAAGACUUUUGACACAAAAAAUCUAAAAAGUUUUAAGUCCAAGUUGUUUUUCCUACAGGUGUUUAGAAAUAUCUGCUUCUGGGAUUGGUGAUAUUAUCUGGCCUUGAACAGUACAGAAAAAAGCUAACAUAUUACAGCAUUAGCAAACCUACCUCACAGCUCAGUUGAGAGGAUAAAAUACAGCAAAUUUUGUACCCAAGAGUGCCUACCUCUGACCAAGUGCUAAAUACUUACUGAUUAAGACAAAGCUAACCAAAAUUCUGUAAAAAGUACUUUGACUUCUACAAAUACCAAAUAUUAUUGUACACCCUUGAAAUGUAGCCAUACAGUGUAAUUAUUAUUCUGUCAAAGAUCACAAUUGUUAUUCAUAGUAACUUACUGUGAUACAAAAGUUUGUUCACUUUCAUCUAAGAAGCCAACUAUAGCAAUUAUUCAAAAUUGAGUAUGACCUUCAGGGAGAUAAAAGAAAAAUAGAUACUUGGAAAUAUCAAACACGAAUUCUUUCCAACUAGAUUACAUGCAAAUCAGAUUAUUACUGGAAAAAAUAAUAAUUACUAUUUAAGUAGCAUCAAAUUUUCAGUCUUCAAAGGUAAAUUUUUAAGGAGUCUUGAAUAUUUGUGAGCCUCAUCAUGGCACACAUUUUGUACAUUAACUGCAAUGGAUAGGGCCAUAAGCUUGUCCAAACUCGCAGCAUCUACUUGGAUCUCCACUACCCCACCACACACUCCAGAAUGUUUGUCUUUACCUUGUCUCUUGUUAUAUACAACCUAAGGAAAUCAGUUCUUUCCAUGAGUGUUCUAAAUACUCUGAAAGUAUUUGGAAAGCUGGUCAGGAAACUUGAAAGUACAGGGAUUUAAACUUAAAGAUUAAAUCCUUAAUUCCAUUAUUUUCUUGGAGGGGUUACUGAUUAAGCAUUUUAGAUAAUAACUGGUUUCACUGUAGAACACACAAUCACAUCUGGGGAUCACCAAGAAUAAACUCAACUAUCGUUCACAAAACUAUAAUACAAAUCUUAAGAAAUCUAACUUUACAGGCUUAACAUUCAUUGGUUUCUUAAAGUGAGUUCUGUGUUGUAUGGUUAGGAAAAGCAGCUAAGUACUUUUUUACUGAAUAAAGGAUUUUUAAUAUAGGUAGGAAAAUAAAAUUCAUGCUUACAUGUGUAUUCUGUAAUAAUGAAGAGCUACCAAUCAAGGAAGCAGAUGUUACACAGAAUGUUUCUCAAAGCUGUGUGGCACUUACUGUAGUUGUUGAUGGUAAGACAAUAACCAAUAGUGUUUUCCUAGUGUAUAUUCCCACCUCCUGCACAUUUCUCAAUUAAGUUUAAUGCACUUUUUUUGACCUUGUUAAAUGUACUGUAUGAUGUUGAAGGAAAAAAAUGUUCAAAUAAUAACUUCCACAUUACAGGCUGCGUUUACACACAGACCUGAAGGGGCCAGGAUAAAGCAGAUAAACAGCAUAGAGAACUAAGCUUAUAAACCUUUCAUACUUUUGCAAAAAGAAAAUUUCCACAUUUGUCACAAAAAUCCAUUAAAGGUCAAAGUAAACACUGUUACAUUUAGGUUGCUUUUUAGAUUUAAGAUCACAGAAAACCAAGAUUUAAUAAAACCAAGCUUAAGUUGAAUAUAACUCACUUAGACGUUGCUGUAAUCCACAUCAUUUACAAAAGACAAAUAUUUUUGCAGUAUACUGUAACAAUACUGAAGUCCUCUCUACUCUGAUAGGAAUUAAUCUGUUGGGCUUCUAAAAUUUAGAUUUCUGCUGAGUAGAAUUAGCUUUCCUUAGAAAGAUUUUAAUCUAGUACUGAAUUGUUUAUAAAAUGCUCUAUUAUUUAUCUAUUGUAAUGUAUUGUAAGUAGUGAAAUUCUGUAUAUACUGCUAUUUUCUGUAUCUGUUCUUCAUUGUGAAGUUAUGUAUAUUAGUAAAAUAAAUUUUAAGCUUU